GUUUUUAAAAUUCAGAGACCAGCAUCUAAAGGUUUUGCUAAGGAAUUACUUAACCAUGAUGGGAGUGGCCGGUUUCACAGUAGCUCUGAUGGUGAUGACGGCUAUAGUGUCUCCUUGCGUCUCUGAAAAAGAGUUCUCCGAUCACCGAGAAAUCAAAAUACAAAGACUUUUGAAGCGGCUCAACAAGCCAGCUCUCAAAUCUAUCAAGAGUGAAGAUGGAGAUAUAAUAGAUUGUGUUCCAUUAACUAGUCAACCAGCUUUUGAUCAUCCCCUGCUUAAGAACCACACCAUCCAGAUGAAACCGAGUUUUAUCCCGGAAAGUGAGUCUACGAACACCAAGAAAAAGACAACGGCUACUCAGGCGUGGCACAAGAGUGGAGGGUGUCCGGAAAACACAGUUCCGAUAAGAAGAAUAAAGAAAGAAGAUAUCUUACGAGCAAAAUCCAUUGAGGGUUUCGGGAAAAAGACUACCACAAGCAUCCCUGAAGAUACAAAUCCAAGUAAAAACCAUGAGUACGCGAUCAUGAAUUCCAUUAAUGGAAAGUAUUUCGGGACAAAAUGUGUAAUAAAUAUCUGGAAACCAGAAGUUCAAGUUCCCGAGGAGUUCAGCUUGGCUCAGACUUGGCUCGUGUCUGGAUUUGGCAAUACUCGCAACACCAUUGAAGUUGGUUUGCAGGUUUAUCCAGGAAAGUAUGGUGACAAUAAUCUUAGAUUAUUUGUUUACUGGACAGCCGAUGGAUACCAAAGCACAGGGUGCUACAACAACGAUUGCGCAGGUUUUGUUCAAAAGAGCAACCUUAUCACUGUAGGUGGAACCUACACUAGCGUCUCACAAUACGAUGGAGGUCAAUACGAGCUCUCCAUACUUGUCUGGAAGAACGGCGAAAACUGGUGGCUAAUGAUUGGUGAUGAGGUUGUCGGGUACUGGCCUGGCAAGUUGUUCAAUUCUCUUGGAGAUGGAGCGAGGUUAGUUCAAUGGGGAGGUGAAGUCGUGAACUUGGAGACCGACGGGAAACACACGGCCACCGAUAUGGGAAGUGGGCAUUUUGCAGACGAAGGGUUUAAGAAAGCGAGCUAUUUCAGGAAUCUUAAGACAGUUGAUGGAACCAAUACUCUGAGAGAAGCGCAAGGAAUUUACCCUUUAACCGGUCAUGAUAACUGUUACAACGUUAAGGCAGGAGAUGGUGGAACUUCCUGGGGGACUAAUUUCUUCUAUGGUGGUCCUGGUCAGAACGAGAAAUGCCCUUGAUUUUGUAUCUCUGCGAACUCAAACCAUUUCACAUGUUUAUAAUUCGAAUAAGAAAAUGUGGUAUAUUUAAUGUUAAUAUUAUGUGUGUCCUUGGUGAUACUUAUACAUAUGUGCAUGUUAAAGCUUUUCAGAAUUCCCAC